AGGCGCUACACAAGAGGAAGCAAGUCAAACCCAUUUUACCAGGAAAAUGACUCCGACCCGGAUUCUCCUCUGGCUGAUUUUAAACGCAGCUCCAGCGAUUCUUUGGUCAUGAUCGGACAAGAUGAUGGUCUGGACGACAGCAGGAAAGAUUGCGCCGCAUCUGUCGAGACCAACUACGGGUUGGAUCUGGAGGAUGUUUGCCACAGUCCAGUGGAUGACCAAACCAAGUUCCUGCUGAGUUCAGAAUCGGAGGAGCAGAGUAAUGGCUGCUCAGCAUCGCUCAGCACAGCAGAGAGGGACUCCAGUAUCAGCACGAUUCGUUCCUUGGAGAGAGAAGGCAGUUCCCCGUCUAUAAUCGCCAACAGAGGCCUUCUUAUGGGCGCAGAGCAGACUGGGGUAAUGAACCCUAAUGAGCUGAGUGUUGUCAGUACACUGCAGUGCUGUUCCUCUGUCCCCACGUUCAGUUUUGAGCCCCUCAGCAGCCCCGAGGGACCCGUCAUCAUCCAAAACCUCCGCAUCACUGGAACCAUCACGGCUAAGGAGCACCGAGGCACCGGCUCGCACCCCUACACACUUUACACCAUCAAAGACAUGCCGUUUGGAAACAUGGACAGUGAUAAGAUAGAAGCCAGGAAGGGCCUCCUGGAGACCUUUCUAAAGCAACUGUGCGCCAUCCCUGAAAUAGCCAACAGCGAGGAGAUGCAGGAAUUUCUCGCUCUCAACACAGACGCCAGGAUCGCCUUUGUCAAGAAACCUUUCAUCGUGUCACGCAUAGACAAGAUUGUGGUGAACGCCAUCGUCGACACCCUGAAGACGGCGUUUCCUCGCUCAGAGCCUCAGAGCCCCACAGAGGAUAAUGAGACUGAGGUGGAUGGAGGCAAAAUAGGUGCCGAUAAGAAGAGCAGAUCUCGUCUGAAGUUCUCCAGUAAAAACGUUCCCUGUAUGAACGGCUCAGACGUGAGACCUCCGGUUCUGUUCAGUAUGGAGGAGGCCAGCACAGUAAGCAGCUCGGGUGCACGCUUUUUAAAUGAUGCAAAAGCUUCUUUUGUGCCUUUAUGA